AUUGUUCUAGGUAUUGUCAGCUGGCUCCUCUCACACUACGACGACACGCCGGUGUAUCCAGGAGGGCGUCUGAUCUGGACCGAAAUCAUCGCCAGCCUGGCACUCCUGUACACGGCCACCCUUGUCUUCACCUUCGACCUCUAUCCGAUGUGCUGCGCCAUCCUCAACAUAUUCUUCUCGUUCGCCUUCUUUUCCUGCUUCGGUGCCAUGGAGAAUUUCGACAUUGAGGAGAACUGGAUCGGCUGGCGGAGCGAGUAUGGAGAACCAUACCGUCCAUGCUGGAGAGCAGUCUCGGCCUUCACCUUCCUCAGCGGCGUCUGGUGGCUUGUGAGCGCGUUUCUGGCCUACAGGACUCCUGUCAACAGGGAGCCGCAUCACUUCGUGCACAGAAAGCCCAGCGCCGGGUCUAGCACGUUGGCAGCAAACGAGCAAGUCUAA